AUGCCCUUACAGUGUCGUGGUGUGUUUCUGUUUUUUUUCACCUUGAAACCCAUCUGUCGGGAUUGCGGCGUGAAAAGAGCCAGUUUGCUAACCGUGGAUGGGCGUGAGGUGGCAACAGGUGACCGCGUUUUUAAUCUUGGCGUAUUCGAAGAAUGUGGGGUGGGUGGCCCUUGCCUGAUGGAUGACAAUGAAAGAUUGUCGUUUCGUGCUCAAGUUUCGUGCGUGUGGGACGUGAUUCGUGAGAAACUGGCAGACGCGAAAGAGUUCGAAGUAGAACUGGAGCAUGCCAACGAGAGGGUGGUACGACUGCUUUACGAGGCGCUAGCGUCGGGCGAUGCAGCGAAGGUCGGGGAGAUAGUGGACGAGGAAUUGGAGUGGUGGUUCUAUGGGCCACGGUCGGAGCAACACAUGAUGCGAUUGCUCACUGGUGUUACUUCGUGUGACACCUUCACCUUCAAGUUGACGGGCAUUCGCGGAAUUGGCAACAGGGUUUUCGUAGAAGGUGAAGCACCAUCAGCUCGUGGAAGUAUAUCAGGCCUGAAGAAGCCUGUGUACUGGGUGCACAUAUGGACGCUGAAAGACGGUAAAAUCACGCAGCUGCGAGAGUAUUUCAAUACCGCAAUCCUGGUGACAGACUUGAAACCGACGGCGCCAACUCCACACGAGAUUCAGCACCACCCAUGCGCGUCCCUGUGGCAUAACCGCCUUUGGAAGUCCAAGGAAGGUCGGGAACUGCCUGGACUGAUUUUGGCUAUCUGAGGAUCCUCAAACCAGUGGAAUCCGUGUUUCAGGAAUUCCUUGAGAUGUAGGUCCUUAUGGCAGAUCCGGGUUAGCCGCGCACAGUGUUUGGUCUCUCAUAAAGAGGUUUACAAGGCUUUACAUAGAUAAUCUACAAGCGCAUGAGUCUACGUUGGGGUUUCAGGAACUUAUAGCGGUUAUAAUUUGAUAGAUUAUGGUUAUCGUUUUGAACUUCAUCGGCAUAAAUAACAGAAUGUCCAAGUGGCUGUGUGAUAUAUUUAUUUGCAUGUCAACUUGUGCUUA